AGAAGCAGAGGGGGGGCGAACUUCCCCCUUAAAAUUAGUUGGCAUUGACAACACAGAGGAGUAAGAGAGGUGGUCCCUCUCUCACAUCAACACAGGGAGAUGACUGACAGCUACAUCAUCUGUAACACUUAUACUUAACUGCCUCCAUACGGAGAAUAUUUUAGAGGUUUUCAUAUCCUUCAGAGCAUUAGCCCGCGGAGAGCCAACGUUAGCUAACCUCAACAACAAACCAAACGUCAAAUGAACGGAGCAGCAUUCCCCUCCCCCACGGCAGAGAUGGCGGAGAUGAACCGUAUCCAGUAUGAGCUGGAGUACACCGAGGGAAUUAGCCAGAGGAUGCGCAUCCCUGAGAUGCUCAAAGUGGCUCCUCAAGCCCAUGAGGACCCUAGUCUUGGAUCACAGGAGCUCCUCCACAGUGUCAUAAUGCAGGUCCCUGAGAGAAUUGUGAUAGCAGGAGACAGUAGUGACCCCCAGUUUACCAGACCCAGAGACCUGGAUUUAAUCCAGUCAACACCUCUAGAGACCCUGUCACUGAAGACUCCACCCAGAGUCCUCACCCUCAGUGAGAGACCCCUAGACUUCAUGGAAGAGGAGCAACGGGCAGCUCCAGAAAGUGAGGAGGUGUUGCGGCCCCAAGGACGAUUGCGCCGAGAACGCUCAGCCAGUGAGAACGCAGCUGGUCGUCAUAAUAGUCAGCUGAUGCGCAAUGAUUCCACUGCGACCCUGUCCCCUUCAUCCACUGUGCACCCUUGCCCCCCUCUCACCGUGGCCGAAGAAGAACACAACGUGUACAACGCUAGCGGUGUUUUAUCUUUCAUCCAGUCCACUACACGUCGGGCUUACCAGCAGGUCCUUGAGGUCUUGGAUGAGAACCCUCGCAGCAAACCAUCACUGAGAGGGGGGUCGGCUUCGAGCUCCAACCCCCUGCAUGAAUCCAGACUUGCACUAUCAACAUAUGAAGCCACGCUGGACGGGGGACCUGAUGACAUGACUGUGGUUGAUGCAGCAACACUCCGGCGUCAGCUCAUCAAGCUGAACCGAAGACUCCAACUUUUGGAGGAGGAGAACAAGGAGCGAGCAAAGCGGGAGAUGAUCCUGUACUCAGUCACUGUAGCUUUCUGGCUCGUCAACACCUGGGUGUGGUUGCGACGUUAGAGCCGGGUCUCUAUUUCUGCCAACGCCAUGGCAGGAGAACGUACUAUACCUUAUUAUAUGUGUCAAAUGAUAGCUACCCGCUGCACUCAGUCUGUGUGACGAAGAUCCUGACGUGCACUAGACCUGUCGCACACGGCUGAUUUUUGUGAUUUCAUUUAUUUAAUACAUACACAGUUUUAUUUUUUUACUCUUCUGUUCAUUAUGUCUGUUCUGUUUUCUCAUGUUUUGUUUUUAUUACAAAUCCUCUUGCUUGAUGCUAAGCAUGACUUGUAAAUAUUUGUUGCUUUGGGAAGAAGUCAUUCAGAGAUACGGUAUAGCUUAGUUUAUCAAAACAGAAAAUGGAGCUGCAUUGUGGGGGUGUAACUGAAGUUGAAAAUUUAAUGCAGACAGAGUAAUAUGUGGAACACAGAACUAGGAAAUGUAAUAAAGUUUAGUAAAACCAUA